GAUGACAUUCUUGAUGAUUUGGUGAAUCUCGAAUCAAGAUUCUACACCCAAGGCUACGAAGAAGGACAUGCCCAUGGCGCCCUCCACGGGAUAUACGAAGGUCGUGCAUUAGGUCAAGAAAAGGCUUUUGAAUUAUGGGAAGAAGUAGGUUAUUAUGAAGGUUUCGCUGAAGUUUGGGUUGAACUUCUUUCCGAGUCAAAUAUGGCAAAACAAACUUCCAAUUCCCAUUCUACAAAUCCUGACUCGGAAAAGCCCACUCGACCCCAUUAUGAUUACCUUUCUCGAACGGAUGAUCCCGACUCACAUACACACCCUGCGACUCAUUACUCCGACGGGCACGGCGACCAACCACCUAAAAUGAAAAAUGGGAAAGAAGAAGGAAUAAACUCCCAAUCACCCGAAUUAGAUCUACUUGCGUUACUCAAUUCCAUCAGAGCGAAAUAUAAGUUACUCUGCGCUUCUUUAAAUCUUCAUCCUCGUCUCGUCCAAUCUUCAACCAACACAGGCAAGAGCGAUACGCCCCAAUUAGGAUAUACUAGUGGGAUUGAUACUCCUUUUACUUCGGGGAUGGGAGGGUUGUUAAGUGGAGUAGAUACUAAAAAAUUGGGGUUUUAG